AUGUUUGGUGCGUCAGCCGCGAACGCAGCCGCGCCGUCCUCCGGCGGAGCGACGGGCGGCGGCCUUUUUGGCGCCACGGCCUCUCCCUUCUCCGCCUCAGGCUCGUCGCUGUUUGGCGCUUCAGGAGCUGCUGGGAAGCCAGCGACGGGCGGCCUCUUUGGAGCCUCAGCGCCCUCCGGCGGAGGGGGCGGCUCUACGGGUCUCUUUGGCGGCGGCAGCGCGGCUUCCUCUUCGCUCUUCGGGGGCUCCAGCGCGCCGGCGGGGCAGUCGUCUGCAUUGGGGGUAGGCAAGGGACUCUUCGGCUCGACGACGGCAGCAACCUCAGCGUCAAAGCCUUCUCUCUUCGGCGCCGCAGCUCCUGCGACCGCCGCUGCAGGCACACCUGCGACAGCCCCCUCCUCUUCCACUGCCGCUGGAAGCCUCUUUGGAGGUCUCGCGAAGCCUGCCGGUACCGAGGCGAGUGCCACUAGAGCCGCGUCGGGAGGCGGCCUCUUCGGCGCCGGGUCUGGAGCCCAACCCGCCGGUGGCCUCUUUGGCGCCCAACCGCCCACUGCCGGCACCGCGCCGGCGACGACCGGCGGCCUCUUCGGCGCCGCGGUGCCAAGCGCCUCGCAGCCGUCAACUGCGGGCGCAGGACUGUUUUCUUCAGAUAAACCCGCGGGAGGGGCGACUGGGACUGCGGCGACAGGCACCGGCUCUUCGCUCUUUGGGGGCGGCGCCUCGGCCGGCGGGCUCUUUGGAGCCGUCACGGCAACGAGCUCAGCGACGUCCGGAGCCGCUACUUCGGCGACUGCGCCUGCGACUGGCGGAGGCUUGUUCGGCGCGGCGAAGCCCGCUGCGGCCGCCACUCCUGCCGCCGAGGGCACAAGCUCCCCACAGACAGACAAAGACGCCGUGAAGCCUGCGGCUGCGUCCUCCCUCUUUGGCGCCUCAGCUGCUGGAGGAAAGGAGACAGGGGCGGCAGCUGGAGGCCUAGGUUCGUCUUCUCUCUUCGGCGCAGCGAAGCCAGGAGGCGCGGCCGCGACGACCGGUGGGGCGUCCUCGAUUUUUGGCGCGGCGGCGACCACGUCGACAGACGCUCCGACCGCGGCGAAACCCUUAGGAAACACUUCUUCGUCCCCGUUUGGAGCCGGGGCGGCUGCUGCAGCAAAGCCGGCGGGAGGCGCGACGGCGGCGGCGGGCGGGCUCGUUGGGGCGGCGAGCUCCGCAGCGACGACGGAUGCGGCGAAGGCCGCCGGGAAGCCAGGGGAGACAGCUGGAUGCUCUAGUGGAGCCCAAGCCGGCGCAGCAGCGGGCGCGACGACGGCUGCGGCCCUGCCUCCGCCGCAGCAGGUCGCUUUGGAGACGUUGCAGCACGAGAGAGUCGAGGAGGUGCUAGCGAAGUGGGAAAAGCGGCUGCAGCGGCGCGUGCGGCGGUUCAACGAAGUGGCUGAGGAAGUGGGGAGCGUCGAGAAGGCCAUGAUUGAAGAGAGCAAGAAGAUCCACGCGCUGCGUGAAGAGCAGAUCAAGAUUGAGCGCCGGCAGAUGUACGUUUCCGACAUCAUCGACGGCUUGGAGCGACAGCAACGCGACCUCCUCACGCUGCUGGCUGCCGUGGAGGCCUCGGUGCUUCAACAGAUCCCUGACGGCGCCUGCGGCGACGCUGCGCGGCCGAGCGCAGGGAAUCAUAUCUCCUUGGUUGGGGGCGCGCUGCUUGCGUCUUCAGCGGAGGAGUUGAUGUCCAGGCGCCUGAGAAACAUUGAGGAACAGCUGGGAGACGUCGGUCUCGCGCUGUCUGAGGCGGCCGAGCGGUUCAAGCCGGGUCCCCUGGGCAGCGUCGCCCAAGUCCUCGGCGUGCACCAAGCUGCGCUGCAAGCUUCUUGGAGGCAGGCAAACGAAAUCCAAGAACGGGUGGACGCGCUGCAGCGCGCGACCGCAAACGCGAGCCAGGUAGGCCAGCGGUGA